AUGACGGCUUGGGACAAAGAAGCGUCUGAAGGGAUUGGUGUUUUGCCAGAUGAAAUAAUUCUAUAUGUUUUCAAGUUUCUACCAUUAGAAACUUUACUUAUUUGUGAGAAAGUUUGCAGACACUGGAGAAAACUAGCCCAUGAUACUACUUUAUGGCGUCAUUUUGUUAUUAUUUACUCAGGAAAACCAGGCCAGAGUGAAGUAAGUGAAAAAAAUUUGGAGAUAAUUUGCAGCCAUAGUCAAAUUAUUUUUUGUUUGAAACUGCAGUAUCUGUAUAACUAUCAAGAUAUUAAAUCUAUCAUGGAAAAAUGUUGUAAUCUUGUCUCUAUUGAGUUAGUUAUGUGUAGACUUUGUAAGGAAUUUGAAGAUGACAUAAAGAAGUGGCCAAAUCUAAAGAAAAUAAAUUUAAAGAAUUCUCUAGUAUUAAGUAAUGAAGAUUUAGUUAUUUAUUAUGAUCAGUUUAAAGAUCUUAACUUCUUGGCUUUAUCUGAUUUUGGUCUCUCUUUAGCAAACUGUAAUUCUUUAUUGAAUUGUCAAUACCUAAAUCAUAUUCUUAUAGAAAAAAUUAAAAAUCUUAGUUUAGAUUAUAUGAAGGAAUUAAUUUUGUCUAAGCAAACAAGUAUAAUUACUUUACAUAUUUACGGUGGUGAUUCUAUUGAUGAUCAUUGUUUACAAUUAUUAUCGCAGUGUUCAUUAUUGAAGGAUUUGGCUAUCAUAAGAUGUGAAAAUCUUACAGAUAAAGGAUUUAUAUCAUUGGUGAAUUUGAAUGAAAUAAAACAUUUACAGAUUUGGAAUAACUUAAAUUUUUCUGAAUUAGUAUUGCUCCAAACACUCAGCAGUCCUAAUAUGAAAGUGCUGCAAAGCCUGAGUCUUUCACGGAUAAUAAAUGUUUCACCAGUUAUUGUCGAUACCAUAUCAGAGUACUAUAAGAACUUAAAAUUUUUAGCUCUAUACCAAUGCCCGAGAAUUAUAAAUACAGAUUAUGAAAAACAGUUAAAAUCGAAAUUCCGAAAUAUUGAGGUAGUAUUAUAUUGA